AAGACCAGUGUAAAUAUUGUCGUGACGUUUAUCCACCACCAUCAGCUGCUUUGCCCCUGCAGCUUAAAACGGCAGUGAUUUUUCCACCCUGAGAUAUCCACUUUGAGUCCAUCCACGUCUCUUUUUGUUUCUCCUGUCUCUGAUCCUCUGUAUCUGUUUCCUGUCCGGCGUGAUUCUUGUCCCUAACAUGCAGAAAAGAAAGAAGCCAGAACCAAUCCAGCUGAACCCGAUUCCUGAUGGAAACACUAUCAACGGAACAGGAGCCUCAGAAACAAACUUGGAGGCUUUGCAGAAAAAGCUGGAGGAGCUUGAGUUGGAUGAGCAGCAACGAAAACGCUUGGAGGCCUUCCUGACACAGAAGCAGAAAGUGGGAGAGCUGAAGGAUGAUGACUUUGAGAAGAUCUGCGAGCUCGGCGCAGGCAACGGAGGCGUCGUUUUUAAGGUCUCACAUCGACCAUCCGGUCUGAUUAUGGCCAGGAAGCUGAUCCACCUGGAGAUUAAGCCAGCCAUCAGGAACCAGAUUAUCCGGGAGCUGCAGGUGCUACAUGAGUGUAACUCUCCGUACAUUGUGGGCUUCUAUGGUGCGUUUUACAGCGAUGGAGAAAUCAGCAUCUGCAUGGAGCAUAUGGAUGGUGGCUCUCUAGACCAGUCACUGAAGAAAGCAGGCAAAAUCCCAGAGGAGAUUCUUGGCAAAGUCAGCAUUGCUGUCAUCAAAGGUCUUUCCUACCUGCGUGAGAAGCACAAGAUCAUGCAUAGAGAUGUCAAGCCUUCUAACAUCCUGGUAAAUUCCCGCGGAGAGAUCAAGCUGUGUGACUUUGGAGUGAGCGGACAGCUCAUAGACUCCAUGGCCAACUCCUUUGUGGGAACUCGCUCUUACAUGUCGCCAGAGCGUCUGCAGGGAACGCAUUACUCUGUUCAGUCAGACAUCUGGAGUAUGGGUCUGUCUUUGGUGGAAAUGGCCAUCGGACGAUUCCCUAUCCCUCCACCUGAUUCCAAGGAACUGGAGCAGAUCUUUGGGUUUCCAGUGGAAGGGGAGGCAGCCUCCAGCGAUUCCCCGAAACCGUGCCCCCCUGGACGUACGGGCAGCUCGUACGGACCAAACAGCAGACCACCAAUGGCUAUAUUUGAACUACUCGAUUACAUAGUCAAUGAGCCCCCACCAAAGCUCCCUGCGAUAUUUAGUGCCGAAUUCCAGGAGUUUGUGAAUAAAUGCCUGAUUAAGAAUCCUGCAGAGAGAGCAGACUUGAAGCAGCUGAUGGUGCACCCUUUUAUCAAGCAAUCCGAGGCAGAAGAGGUGGACUUUGCCGGCUGGCUCUGCAGCACCAUCGGACUCAGUCAGCCUGCGACACCCACCCAUGGCACCAGCAUGUGAGACUGUCGACUGCAAAGCCAUAACCAGAGCAAUCAAAGACGUUUUGGUUGAUUUUUAUUAUUGCUAAGUGUUUCUCCAAAGUAAGCAAUGUGUUAAUCUUACAGGUGCAUCUCAAUAAAUUCAGAAAUUAUGAAGUUAAUUUCCAUUAUUUAAGUCAUAAAGUGAAACUCAGACUCAUUACACAGAGGAACGUGUUUUAAUACUUAAUUCUGACAUUUAUGGAUUACAGCUGAUGAAAACCCAAAAUUAUGUUAAUCAAAAAACUGAAUAUAAGACAAGAGCAUGUCUCUGCACCAUUCAGUAUGCACUCUUAACACUUGAAGAGCUUUUCGUACAGAAAAGCUCCAUUUAUGUGGCAUGGGAUGGAGGUGAUCUGCAUGCGGCUCUAAAGAGGGCUCCUUUUCUAGGUUUUCCAAUGCAAGUAAAAAUAUAUGAUCAUAAUUGGAUUGAGGUAUUUCUAUUUUAUGACAAAUUAUGUAUAUUAGCUACUGAGUUUUAAUUUUUUUUGGCCAUAGAAUUAAGAUAGAACCAGUUAAACUUCUGGAAUUGAAGCUGCUCCUCCCGACUGAUUUCCUAAUGAGAUGCAAACUUUACUUCCCUUAAAGACAUGACUUGAGUCCAGUCCUUUUCCUUUUUAUUCCAUCUGUGUGGAGGCUUGUCUCCAGCUGCAGUCCACACCUUGUGAAUUUCUCACGUUAGGGAAAUCCCACCCUUCAUGUUGCUUUUUAUGAAUAUGCUUGGAACUGGCACUUUGAAUAGCUGGUAACUUCAGAAAUUUAAUCCCGUUAUAGUCCAAUAUGCUUUAUUUUCUACAAACUUGAAAUGCAUCAUGUGUAAUGAAUCAAGUUUCACUAUAAAUGUUGAAAUAAGUAUUCAUAACAUUUUGAGAUGCACCUGUACAAACUUACAGAAUUGUGUACUAGACAGCUGUUUAGGUCACCGUAAGAGACCUGAUUGAAAAGCCAUCUUUUUGUAACAAUACAGCUUUGUAAAAAUACAGCUACUAAACCUCUGCGCUCGACAUUCCUCUUCAAUCAUACAUAAUGCAGCCUUUCUGCCAGAGUAAUGUGCAGAAUUGGUAUGAUUAAGCCUUUUUAUUGGAAGCAAUGUUUCAAGGUCUAAAGUCAGCCACACCAGGGGUAAAGGGUCGCAUCCUACUUCUGUAUGCAUGGACAAUCAUUUCCCAGAGAAAGUCGUGAAAUCAUCUCUGCCAACUUGUGUAUUAUUAAAACUCUUAAUGCUGAUGUCCUGAUUCAUUGUGCAUCCCUUGCUCUUCAUCCACUCCACACGGCUUUGUUGGCUUUUGUGAUAUUUAUCUUGUGAAUUAAAUAGUUUAAAUAAAACUUCUGACUCGUA